AUGGCUUCCAUCAUCACCACUCAGCUUCCUUGUGACGGCGAAGGUAUCUGUAUGGUCUGCAAGACCACGCCGUCGGAGGCGGAGAUACUCACAUGCAGCACGUGCGUCACUCCUUGGCACGUGUCCUGUCUUUCAACGCUGCCGGCGAAUCUCCAGUCCACGCUUCAAUGGGAGUGUCCCGACUGUACUGCGCCGCCGGCCAACGUCAACCCUGUCUUGAAUGCUGGUCCCUCUAAUGGACUAGUAGCUGCGACUCGAGCUAUUGAAGCCGAUUCGACCUUAUCGGAAACUGAGAAGGCGAGGAGGAGACAGCAGCUAUUGAGUGGAAAGGCCGAUUCGUCAAAGGGGCCUUCUAAACGUACUAAUGAAGAUGAUUAUAUUUGUUCAUGUUGCUUCCAACUGAUGGAAAAGCCAGUGACGAUACCAUGUGCUCACCAUUUGUGCUUGAGCUGCUUCAAGAAAUGGACAGGACAAGGAAAGAAUACAUGUGUAAAAUGCCGACAAAUAAUUCCACGGAGUAUGAUUUUGCAACCUCGUAUCAAUGUGGCAUUGGUGGUGGGCAUCCGAAAAACCAAAGCGCUAUCAAAUGGUUCGACUGUUGCUCAAUUUGUCCACGAUCAGGAAAAGCCAGAUGAGGCCUACCGGAGUGAAAGAGCCAAAAGGGGUGGCCGAGGAAAUGCGUGUAGCGGGAGGAUAAAGGUGACGGUAAAAUCACACCAUUUUGGACCAAUUCUGGCUGAGCAUGAUCCAGAAAGAAAGACAGGGGUUUCGGUCGGUAGUGGUUGGGAGUUUAGGUUAGAAUGCAGGCAAUGGGGUAUUCAUUUCCCUCAUAUUGCUGGUAUAAGUGGAAAAGCCAAUUAUGGAGCACAAUCUGUGGUGCUUUCUGGGGGAUAUCUUGACGACGAGGAUCAUGGAGACUGGUUCCUUUAUACUGGAAGCGGUGGGAGGGAUCUAACUGGAAAUAAACGAACAAACAAGGUCCAGUCCUUCGAUCAAACAUUCCAUUUGUGUAAUGAAGCAUUAAGAGUCAGCUGUAAAAAGGGCUACCCUGUUCGAGUUGUUAGGUCUCAUAAAGAAAGGCGUUCUUCAUAUGCACCUGUAAGGGGACUUAAAGGAUUGAGAUACGAUGGUAUCUACAGGAUUGAGAAAUGCUGGCGAAAGAUGGGAACGGAUGGUUUCAAGGUCUGUCGGUACUUGUUUAUAAGAUGCGAUAACGAACCUGCACCAUGGUCAAGUGAUGGCCGAGGAGAUGUGGUGAGGGCUCUCCCUGAUGUACCGGAGCUGGAAGAUGCUAUUGAUAUUUUCGAGAGGAAUGAAAGCCCUAUGUGGGAUUAUGAUAAUGAAGAUGGUAAAUGGAAGUGGACAAGACCUCCACCUGUUAGCCCAAAGAAAUCUGCUUCUAAGAAUAAGAUUCCGAAUGAACUGUGUUGCCUUAAAUGUAAGAAGAUGAUGGUUUCUCCUGUGACGACUCCUUGUGCUUGCAACUUCUGCAAAGGGUGUUUGCAAAGUGAGUUUGCUGGGAUGACGCUCUUCAGAGAACGUUCAAGUGCAGGUGGGAGGAGCCUUCGCACUCGAAAGAACCCAAUGAAGUGCCCCUCCUGUCAUAAUGACAUUGCUGAAUUCGUUCAGCACCUACCGGUUAAUAAGGAACUUGAGAGUAUCAUUGAGUCUCUCCUCAAUCCAAAGGUUAAAGAUGAGGAACCUGUAGAGGCGGAAGAGGACGAGGAAGAAAAAGAAGAUGAAGAGGAGGAAUAUGAAUAUGAUUAUGAAUAUGAAGACGAAGACGAGGAAGAUGGGGAGGAAGAAGAUGAAUCUGCUGUGGAGAAUGAUAACUCCGAAGCGCCUGCACCAAAACGGGCCAAGGUUGAAUAA